CUGCGUCAGCGUGACGCCAGUGUGGACAUGCUGCGGGUGAAGAUGUUUCGGAGACGUUCGCAGUCCCAGAAGGUGAACCGAGACAAGGCCCUGAACAGCCGCAGACAGCUUGACAAUCUCCCCGAGUUUGAAUGUUCUCAACUGGACAUGUCGGUUGCGGAAAAUGUGUCAGUAGUUCAGGAAAAUGUACCGAAUGCAAAGCAAGUGAAAAACGCUGCAGUGGAGGAGCGAAUGAAAAAGCUUGCCCGCUACAAAGAGAAGAAGGAGCUUGUGAAGGAGAAAGAAAAGAGGGCAAGGGAGAAGAAGGGGGUGUUCAAGGUUGGGCUGUACCGGCCAGAGGCUCAGCCCCUGGUCCCUCUGCCGCAGGCCCCAGCUGCCACAAUCAAAGCCAGGGCAACAACGCCAGUGGUCCAGCCCCAAUCCACCAGAGUGACUCGCUCCACCAUGAGGCAGCAGGCCCCCAAGUUGAACCAGUAGUCAGAGCCCCAAAGGACAAACCUGCUCCAGCUUCCAAGACCAGAUCAAAUGCCAAGCAGUCUGCAGCACCACCUGUUGGCAGAGGGAGGAACACCAGGGGAAAUGCUAUGAGCAAUAAGCAGGCUGCUGUGAAAGUGGACAAGCCAUUAGAGGAGCCUAGGGCUGCCAGCCCCACGCCACCUAGUGCAGAGGAGCAGAAGGAUGUGAAGAUGGUAAAAGACCUUGUUCAUCCAGGUCCAGAACCUGUCUCAGCCCAGGCUGACUGCAUCCCCCCUUCAGCCCGCACCUUGUCCUCAUUCACCCCCAAGGGCUUUGUGUUCCAGGCCCCAGCAGGCCUGUCCUCCUUCAACCCCAACCCUCUCACUCCCCGCUCUGCAGACUCCUUUUUCAAACCCAGUGUCUCAGUUCUACACCUUGUUCCACUCUGGCCCUCUGAUAACCUGGUGCCCAAAAUGGAGCUCAUUGCUCUCUCUCCUGCCAAGUCCCCUGCUCACUCCCCACCUCGCCCUUCUCCUACCCCUCGGUGUCUUCCGAGUCCCAAGGAACCAGAGCAUGAUGUGCCCUACUUCAGGUCAGUGGUAGUCAGUGAGACAGAGGCUGACAGAAUUUUGUCAGCAGUGGGAGCCCAGGGUGGAUGAUGCCUCUGUCCCUGAAGAGAUGUGUGACCGUAUGCGUACGGCGGUGUGCCAGGCCAGGCUGCUGAUGAAGGAGAGGUGUGGUCAGUUCUCUGGCCUGGUGGAUGACUGUGAGCUGGGCAGAGGAGAGAAGAUCACCACCUGCACUGACCUGCAAGGCUUCUGGGACAUGGUGUACUACCAAGUGGGUGGAGGACGUGAACAAGAAGUUUGGUGCUCUGAAGGAGGUAGAGUCUAAAGGUUGGCAGGAGGAAAGCAAACCCCCACUACGACAGAGGAAGGUGGUCAAGAAGCUGCCCUCUGCUCUGGUGGCUAAGCCUGCCAGUGGUGCUGUCGCCAAGUCUCGUCUGGCUGCAAUAAAGGCCAAGCAGCAGGCUGCAAAGGCCAAGCAGGCCGCAGGGCCAGGCAGUGCUGUGGACGACCCUGCUCCAGCUCCUGAGGACCCCCAGGCGGAGACCCAGGCCCCAGAACCACUGGUGGUGGUGUUCCAGGUGGAGAGUCCUGCCAAACUCACAGGUGAGACUCGUACCUCCACCGUUCUUCCCCCAAGCUUCCCCUCAACUGCUGUGAUGCUCAGAGAUAUGGAGGCAGAUGAAGAUAUGUAGAAUGGCAGGCAGAAUGGCGGAUUUGCUCGAACCUGGAAGACCCCUGACCUCUCCCUCUGUCAGUGUUUGAGGUACCUGGUAAAGCUGUAUAGAGCUCGUUAGUUGGGCAUGGACUGAUUGCUGUAUGGGCUGUCUCUUUCCAGGCUCUGUAAGGAGAUCCACCCAUGUAUCUGCCAUGCCUCAGGCCUGUUCAGUCACCAAGUUCUCCACCCCCAGCAGAACUCGCCACUCCAGCACUGCUGCAGCUGCACACACCUCCCCUCUCCCCCACUUCACCCAUACCACUACCUGCUCCACCCUCACCCUUGCUCACCCCACCCUCACCACGGCCUGCUCCACCCUCACCCCUGCCUGUUCCACCCUCACCCCUGCCUACCUGUUUAAUGCCACCCCACUCCGUACCCCUCACCCUGAUCCUCAGUUCUACACCCCGGCCCCCACCCAAAGUAGCCCCACGAGAGUCUCUCUCUGCAUCUCAACAGUCAAAGAAGCUCUGGACACCCAGUCAGAGGAAGUCCCCAGCAACCAACCAGAGCUAGCCUCCGUGCAGAAUGUCACUCCUGACCAACCAGAGCCCGAGCGCAUGCAGGAAGAUGUAGCUUGUGACCAUUCUGAGGUUGUUUCAGAGCCCACUGUUUGCCCUGAGGAGCACUCUGAGAGCUGUGAAUCAUCAUCCAACACACAACAGCUGACCAAUGACGAACAGCAUUGAGAAGCCUUCAGCCAAUCGGUGUUGGCCACAGAAGAGCCCAACCAAUUAGAGCUCCAGGACAGAAAAGAGGCCUAUGAUACCAGCCUACCCAUCUCAUCAUGGCUCACAGUCUCCUCAAGGCUUCCCCUCUCACCCUCACUGCCCCACUACCAUGGAGCAGAGUCCUAUCCAGUCAGGAGCCCUGAUUUCAGCUUCACCCUCUCCCCCACCCCAGCCAGGCCAAGAUUUACUGAGGCCAGCCAAUCUCCCCUCUCCUCCCCCUGCUUGGUGCCCCCCUCCUCUCCUCCUGUCUAGGUCUCCCUCAGCUUCCCAGCUGAUGCCGACGUACCAGGGACCGUGACUCCAGACACUUCCAUCACAGAGGGUCUUCCGGGGUUGGACUUUGAGCGCUACCUCCAACCUGCAGUGAGGUGUAGCCUGUCACCACGGGAGCCAGCUGUUGCAGAGAUGCUGUCGCCCAUGGUGAUAGACGUAGAAAUGGAGAGUCCGUUGGCUCCGUCUGAAGAGACCCCUCAGGAGGAAGUGUCGACUCCCACAGCAUCUCCCAGUUUCACACAAAUGUUCAUCCCACGGAUCACACAGCCAGUUGAGUCAGACCUGUUGCUGUUCACCCCAGAUCAGAUGGACAGAGUGAGACAGUCAAUGUGCACCAGUGACCUCAUGUCGUUUACACUUCCCUCUGACAGAACGAGCAACUGAUGAGACUGAUUUGCAUAACUGCUGUUGUAUAUUUUGCUACACUAGUUUAUAGUCUCAAAAAUAUAUAUUUUUUUAUAUGCAUUGUUUUAUUUUAAACUUAUAAUUGUCAGAAUAGUUUUUUGUAACUUUCCUUACACUGUUUUGUGCUAUCUGUACCAUUUUAUUAUUUAAUACCAAAAAGGCACCAGGUAGUGUUAACUAUUAACCACAUUCUAUAUGGAGCCCAGGUGUUCUAUACAAAAUCAACAAAUUUGCUACCAACAGAUAAAACAUUUUUUGUCUCUUCUUCUACAACAACCAAACAAUGACUG